CGCAGAGCUGACUGCUGUCUUUGGAAUAGAAAGAUGAAGAAAGAACAGAUGCUCAACUGUCAGUUCUCUUCCUGGUAUCCUCGUUUCAAGAAGCAGACGAUCCGCAGUGUCAUCCUUCCAAUCCCACAGAACGUCAAGGAUUAUUUGCUGGAUGAUGGAACCCUGGUCGUUUCUGGCAGAGAAGAGCCCCAAACCAUAACCCAAGAUGGAGGCGAUGAGGAAGAGACAGAAGAAACUGUGUGGUCUGAUGAUGAAAAUACGGCAACCCUUACGGUAAGUCCCUCUGUAUUCAAUUAUUUUUUGAAUAGAGUAGAAUAGAACAUAGA